UGUCUGUUCUUUCUGCUCGUUUGUGUAUUUAUUUUUCACUUAUUUCGAUAAAGAGUUCUUUCGGUACAUUUUCAGCAAGUAUCGAUCGGUUCACGUUUGCUGGCCUUCACACUGUGAAAGUAUAGAGGGCCGAUGUCCGCGCAUGCGCAGCGCGCGCGUCCUUUGGGCCGUUGCUGUUGGAGCGGGAAUACGCGUAGCGGUUGACUGACAGCAGCACAUCUCUCACCUUUAACGGUCCUACAGCUGAAAUAACAACACAGCAUGCCUCGAGAAAUCAUCACCCUGCAGCUUGGACAGUGCGGGAAUCAGAUUGGUUUUGAGUUUUGGAAGCAGCUGUGUGCUGAGCAUGGCAUCAGCCCGGAGGGCAUCGUAGAGGAGUUUGCCACUGAGGGCACAGACCGGAAAGAUGUCUUCUUCUAUCAGGCAGAUGAUGAGCACUACAUCCCUCGUGCUGUGCUGUUGGACCUGGAGCCCCGAGUCAUCCACACCAUCCUGAACUCUCCCUACGCCAACCUGUACAACCCCGAGAACAUCUACCUGUCUGAGCAUGGCGGUGGAGCCGGGAACAACUGGGCCAGUGGCUUCUCUCAGGGAGAAAAAAUCCAUGAGGACAUCUUUGACAUCAUUGACAGAGAGGCAGAUGGCAGUGACAGUCUGGAGGGGUUUGUGCUUUGCCACUCUAUCGCUGGGGGAACAGGAUCUGGUCUCGGGUCCUACCUACUGGAGCGACUGAACGACAGGUAUCCUAAAAAACUGGUUCAGACCUACUCUGUCUUUCCUAACCAAGAUGAGAUGAGUGAUGUUGUCGUACAGCCGUAUAAUUCUCUACUGACGCUAAAAAGACUGACCCAGAAUGCAGACUGUGUGGUGGUGCUGGACAAUACAGCUUUGAACAGAAUCGCAACCGACCGGCUGCACAUUCAGAACCCCUCAUUCUCUCAGAUCAACCAACUGGUGUCCACUAUAAUGUCAGCAAGCACAACAACCCUCCGUUACCCUGGAUAUAUGAACAAUGAUCUGAUUGGUCUGAUUGCAUCACUCAUCCCCACUCCCCGCCUCCACUUCCUCAUGACUGGAUACACACCGCUGACCACCGAUCAGGCCGUGGCAAGUGUGAGGAAGACUACAGUUCUUGAUGUGAUGAGGAGACUCCUGCAGCCCAAGAAUGUCAUGGUGUCCACAGGCCGAGACCGUCAGACCAAUCAUUGCUACAUUGCCAUUCUCAACAUCAUUCAGGGAGAGGUGGACCCCACACAGGUCCACAAGAGUCUACAGAGAAUCAGGGAGAGGAAGCUAGCUAAUUUUAUCCCAUGGGGUCCGGCUAGUAUUCAGGUGGCACUGUCCCGCCGAUCCCCCUACCUGCCCUCAGCUCAUCGUGUCAGUGGUCUUAUGAUGGCUAAUCACACCAGCAUCUCUUCAUUGUUUGAGCGUACCUGUCGUCAGUACGAUAAGCUGAGGAAGAGGGAGGCCUUCCUCGAGCAGUUCAGGAAGGAGGACAUAUUCAAGGACAACUUCGACGAGCUGGAUAACUCUCGUGAGGUGGUUCAGCAGCUCGUGGACGAAUACAGCGCCGCCACACGUCCCGACUACAUCUCCUGGGGCACACAAGAGUAGUGAAACCCCCUCCGCUCACUCCCUAAAGCUCUUAGAGCGGAAACUCAUCCUGUAAAAUACACAAUGACUCCAGUAGCUUAUAACAGAAUUUCAGUAGUGAACGCACCUCCAUACUGUUCUGUCAGAGGCUUCUCUGCAUUACCGCUGUGGUGAGAACCACUCACAUAUGUAUAUACAUGUCAUUUGUCAUGUUUACGGGCCUACAGAAGAGUUCUUCAUAACCUGGUGCCUCUAUCCUGAGCUGUAACUUCCACUCUUUCUCCCUCUCCUCCCGAUCUCCUUGAUUUCUUUGAUCAGAGAAUUUAUGGCUCUGUCUUAAUCUAUUUUUGUACUGCACUCUGCACUCUUCUGCACAAAAUCUACAUCAAUCUACUUCAAGGUGGCCUUCACACAGACUUCCCUGACCACACACACAUUGGACGUCUACACCGAUAAGACUGGGUGGUCUCAGAUGAAUGUAACUGUAGGGAGGGAGUGUGAAAGAUUAAGCCUCUAAGAAGAGAUCAGACUAGAAGCAGCUUAUGAAUACACCAUCUCACUCCCUCAUGUUCACGCAUGCAUGCUUUUAGACAAAAGGCGCUUGCUUUCAGGGGAUAGACUAUGAUUGUGCGAUUUAAUCAAUUUUCCUCUCGGUCUCGUUGUCACGGAUUACUCUCGAAGAGUUUUGAGAGUGGAUCAGUAAAGUCAAGUGUUAUGCUGUACCUCAAUCCAUCCAAUCGGCAAACCCUCAUCGGGUUCUUCUAGUCAAUCAAAUCAGUGAAGUUACCUCAAAGUCUGGCAGAAUCAAUCCCAACGCAUCAUGUUUCUUCAUUUGAAUAAUUUCCUCUUUUGCUCCAGUCUUCCUUGUGCUGGAGUGAAACUGAAGUCUCAAUGCUUUUUUUUCCUCGGUUACCACAUGUUAUUUUUAUUAAUGUUAUACUGUGUAUAUAGUUUGCUGUCAGACUUGAUGCAUUUUCUUGAAGUUCAUGAGUUUGAAUAAAUAUUUACAUAGUUUCCAAAUACUGAUUACCCUCAAAACCGUCUGUGCUCAUGUCAUAGUCACUCACAUUUGUCAUUUGACCUUAAAACACGAAAUGUCUCUGAUAUUAAUGCCUUUACCUUCGAUUACCUCUUUGGUCUUCGUUUCAUAUUCCAAUACUUGCGACAGAUACUGAUAAGCUGAGUCAAGGACAUACACUAUAUCAGGUGAGUCCAAUUCUGCUCCUGGAGGGCUUUGUUUAGCACCUACCUGUCUUAACACACUUGUCUGGUAGUUUCUAGUAAUCCUGAAGACCUUGAUUAGCUGCUUAAGGUGUGUUUAAUUAGGAUGGUAGCCCUCCAGGAACAGGAUAGGACACCCCACAUGGUAGCAGUUACACUUUCUUCCAAAGUGUCUUCCAAAGCAGUUUCUGUUGCAGACAUUUCGUGUCUCUCCAGUGGAAUUUUUUUAUUAGGGACACGCUGGUCCCAAAAUGUAAUUUCAUAUAUCAAAUCAAGUGACCGUUUCUCAGAACUGCAUGUUACUUUCCUUGUAACUGCCAUGUUUAUUUUCAACAGUUGGUUUCUUUUCUGCUCAACAUUAUAGGAUCUUGAUACCUUGUUUAAUUUAAUGCAUUUAAUUUUUUAAUAAAGCUUGAAAACAUGACAAACAGGCAAAA